AUAAGGUCUCCUACAGUGUUAGGGAUAAGAACUAAGUGGCUAGACCUGCUAGUAGUUCCAAAGUGAAAAAGUAAACUGUUAUUUCAAUACAAUCUUCAAGUUCCAGUUUAGAAGAAGUAAAACAGUAUGCAAAUCUUUGUUAAAACUUUAACCGGGAAGACUAUCACCCUCGAUGUCGAAGCCGUAGACACCAUUCAGAACAUCAAGGGCAAGAUCGAAGACAAAGAAGGCAUCCCGCCAGAUCAGCAGCGCUUGAUCUUCGCUGGUAAGCAGCUUGAAGAUGGCCGCGCUUUGUCCGACUACAACGUGCAGAAGGGUUCCACGCUCCAUCUGGUGCUACGCCUCCGCGGUGGCAUGCAAGUAUUCGUCAAAAUGUUAACCGGCAGAUGCAUGGCAAUCGAUACCGAACCGGAGGACACUGUGGAAGCUCUGAAAGCAAAGGUCUCGGAAAGACUCGAAGAAAUCCCGCCAAACCAGCAGCGCUUGAUUUUCGCCGGCAAACAACUAGAGGAUGGACGCACCCUGCAGGAAUACAGCAUUAUCAAAGGAUCCACCCUUCACCUGGUGCUGCGGUUAAAGGGAGGCAACUGACGGCUCGAAGAAAUUUCAAUAAUGCAAAUAUUCGUUAAAACACUGACGGGUAAGACCAUCACCCUUGAGGUUGAACCGUCCGAUACCAUUGAAAAUGUGAAGGCCAAGAUCCAAGACAAGGAGGGCAUUCCCCCAGAUCAGCAACGUUUGAUUUUUGCUGGUAAGCAGCUCGAGGAUGGUCGCACUCUCUCUGACUAUAACAUCCAAAAAGAGAGCACUCUUCAUCUGGUACUGCGUCUUCGUGGAGGAAUGCAAAUUUUCGUCAAGACCUUGACUGGCAAGACCAUCACUCUGGAAGUUGAACCUUCGGACACCAUCGAGAAUGUGAAAGCCAAAAUUCAGGACAAGGAAGGUAUUCCACCAGAUCAACAGCGUCUAAUUUUUGCUGGCAAGCAGCUCGAGGAUGGUCGCACUCUCUCUGACUACAACAUCCAAAAGGAGAGCACUCUUCAUCUGGUACUGCGUCUUCGUGGAGGAAUGCAAAUUUUCGUCAAGACCUUGACUGGCAAAACCAUCACUCUGGAAGUUGAACCUUCGGAUACCAUUGAAAAUGUGAAGGCUAAAAUUCAGGACAAGGAAGGUAUCCCUCCAGAUCAACAGCGUCUGAUCUUCGCCGGCAAGCAGCUGGAGGAUGGUCGCACUCUUUCGGACUACAACAUUCAAAAGGAAAGCACUCUUCAUCUCGUAUUGCGUCUUCGCGGAGGAAUGCAAAUUUUCGUCAAGACCCUUACUGGCAAAACCAUCACUCUGGAAGUUGAACCUUCGGAUACCAUCGAGAAUGUAAAAGCCAAGAUUCAAGAUAAGGAAGGCAUCCCACCAGAUCAACAGCGUCUUAUCUUCGCCGGUAAGCAGCUUGAGGAUGGACGUACUCUUUCCGAUUACAACAUCCAAAAGGAAAGCACCCUUCACCUGGUAUUGCGUCUUCGUGGAGGAAUGCAAAUUUUCGUCAAGACCUUGACUGGCAAAACUAUAACUCUGGAAGUUGAGCCAUCAGAUACCAUUGAAAAUGUGAAGGCUAAAAUUCAGGACAAGGAGGGAAUUCCUCCAGAUCAACAGCGUCUGAUCUUCGCCGGCAAGCAGCUUGAGGAUGGACGUACUCUUUCCGACUACAACAUCCAAAAGGAGAGCACUCUUCAUCUGGUAUUGCGUCUUCGAGGAGGAAUGCAAAUUUUCGUCAAGACCUUGACUGGCAAAACCAUCACUCUGGAAGUUGAACCUUCGGAUACCAUCGAGAAUGUGAAGGCCAAGAUUCAAGAUAAGGAAGGCAUCCCACCAGAUCAACAACGUUUGAUUUUUGCUGGUAAGCAGCUCGAAGAUGGUCGCACUCUUUCCGACUACAACAUCCAAAAGGAGAGCACUCUUCAUCUGGUAUUGCGUCUUCGUGGAGGAAUGCAAAUUUUUGUCAAGACCUUGACUGGCAAAACCAUCACUCUGGAAGUUGAACCUUCGGAUACUAUUGAAAAUGUGAAGGCCAAAAUUCAGGACAAGGAAGGAAUUCCUCCAGAUCAACAGCGUCUGAUCUUUGCUGGCAAGCAGCUCGAGGAUGGACGUACUCUUUCCGACUACAACAUCCAAAAGGAGAGCACACUUCAUUUAGUUCUGCGCCUCCGAGGAGGAAUGCAAAUUUUCGUCAAGACUCUGACUGGCAAAACCAUUACACUUGAAGUUGAACCUUCAGAUACAAUCGAGAAUGUUAAAGCCAAAAUCCAGGACAAGGAGGGAAUCCCUCCAGAUCAACAGCGUCUAAUCUUUGCCGGUAAGCAGCUGGAGGAUGGUCGUACGUUGUCAGAUUACAACAUUCAAAAAGAAAGUACUCUGCAUUUAGUACUGCGUCUCAGAGGCGGACAGUAAUCAUACUUUUUCAAAGCUAAAUAUAAUCUGUUCCAAGACUA